GGAAAACAAAUGGAUAUGCAUCAUCUGCAAAAAAGCAAAAUCUUUUCUGUCAUGUGACCCCAUGACAUGAUUCUCUCCACUAUUUAGUUCUGUUGUCUUUUGCUCUGUGUCUUCUCCUCUCCAAACAGAUUUCCCUCCCUCUCGCUCUCUCCAUCCCAGGCUUUAUCCUUUCAGCCCUGAUCUCACUUCAUCCCCUCCAAUCUUCAUCUGCCCAUCACAAAAGCAUCACAGAAUUUACAGAGAGCGAGAGGGAAAGAGAGGGGGAUCAGAAGGUGCGUAAAGCAGAAAACCUGAAUGAACACUGUCCCGAGAAAAAGGCAAGUGGAUAGAGAGUUGGAAAGGAAUAAGAAAUACAAAUAGAGUGGAGAAACAUCCCAAAAGGAACAUGAGAGUUUUCUCCCAGCACUCUCUUGGCUCUACUGACCUCACUUCCUGUCUGUAACUGUGGGUGACUGUGCCUGACUACUGUUGCCAUGGGUGAACUGGAGCAACUGCGAAAGGAGGCGGAGAGCCUGAAGGAUGGGAUUACUACAGCUCGUAAAGCAGUGCAGGACCUCACGCUGCAGGAUCAUGUGGCGGGGACAGCUGUUGUGGGACGUGUCCAGCUAAAGACCAGGAAGACAUUGAGAGGACAUCUGGCCAAAAUCUAUGCCGUGCACUGGGGGGACUCAAAACUGUGUGUCAGUGCAUCUCAAGAUGGUAAACUGAUUGUAUGGGAGAGCUACAGCACUAACAAGGGCAAAGAUGGCAAUGUGAAGGUCAUGCGUGAGCUCGCAGCACACACAGGUUACCUGUCCUGCUGCCGCUUCCUGAAUGACAAUGAGAUCAUUACCAGCUCUGGAGACUGUACCUUUGUUUUGUGGGACAUUGAGACGGGAUCGCAGAAAACCGUGUUCUCUGGUCAUCUGGGUGACUGCAUGUCUUUGGCUGUGGCCCCUGACUUCAACACUUUCAUCUCAGGAGCCUGUGACUACACAGCCAAACUGUGGGACAUCCGUGACGGCCAGUGCAGACAGACCUUUGGGGGCCACGAGAGUGACAUUAACGCCAUUGGGGUAAGAAUGAACAGCAAGCCAGUAAUUAAUCCAUAACCUCAGAAAUGUAUUACUAUUAUUCGUUCAUUAGGAUUUGAACCCUUAUUCCAGUGGUUCUUAUGUUUUUUUACAUGACUUUU